AUGGAACGCGGUCGCCGAGUCGCCAGCAUGCUGACCGGCGACCGCAAUGAAGACUCGGCCUACCUUCACGACCUACUGUCACAGAUUCACGAUCUACAGAACGAGCAGAAACAACUUUUUCAAACGGUCCGGUUCCGCGUCCGCAAAGUCAACCAGAACGACGUAGCCCGGUCCCAGAAGUUCGAGGGGUUCCCAGGGACGGACGACAAUACGCUGUCACUGCUACGGGAUUUCGCCGCCCACUGGUGGGAAAGCCCCCUCAGCGCGUGGGAGCCCUGUCCACCGGCUGUGAGUGCAACUCUCGCUGUUCCAGAGGCAUACAUUAUGGAUCUGUAUUCCUGUGCGCUAAGGGAUGACGCAUAG